UCAUAUUAUCUUCCCUCAUGUUCUAUCCCAGAGACUGGAUACAGUUCCCUGUGCUGUACAGUAGGACCACAUUGCUUUUCAAAACCAACCUGAUGCUGAACGUGAACAAGGAAGAGAUAAGACUCUGAUUUUUUUGCAUUUGAAUUAAUUUAAAGACGAAUGUAAAGACCAAUAAUUUAGCUCGAUAUUUAUGAAGAUGAAAAGCUUGCACAGAGUCAUAAAAGAAUGAAAAUAGUUCAAGAUCAAAUCUAACUGCUGGCAGAAAACUGAAAACAUAGAAGCCCUUCAAUAUAUGUUUUAUAAUAAUUGGUGACUUGACUGAGAUUUAUUUUGAGAUUUUAGUUUUUAGUAAAGUUGAAAUGUCUUAGUCUUUUUCUUUCACAUCUACUGCACAGUCCCUGAGGGACAAAUGUAUAACUUACUUUUUUAGGAAUUAAAAGUGUGUUUGGGGUUUCUGAUACUGAUAAUAAAAAAACAACAGGAAAAACAUUAUUGGUGUUUAUCCUAUUUUCUUUAAUAAAGAAAAAAAUCUGAAGGUAACUUCAUUGUCUGUAGAACAUAAAUAAAUACCCAUAAAAAGUGUAAAGUGGCUUUUGAGGCUUCCUGGCGGCAAAGGGGCUACUAUGUCUCACAGCUGGGGGGGAUGGCCUCUGCUUGACACUGGGCCAUAUGGCUUUACAUGGUCACCCUGGUGGCAGAGAUAUUAAGCAACAUUUUAAAAGGAAUGCCAGGGAAUACGUUCAUUAAAAUGUAGGCGAUCUGUUUCAUGGUAUCCAUCAUUACAAAUAGAUGACUAGGAGUUCCCAUUGUGGCUCAGUAGAUUAAGAACCCAACAAAGUGUCCAUGAGGAUGCGGGUUCAAUCCCUGGCCUCACUGAGCGGGUUAAGUAUCUGGCAUUGCCUCAAGCUGUGAUGUAGGUCGCAGAUCUGGCAUUGCUGUGGUUGUGGUGUAGGGCAGCAGCUGCAGCUCUGAUUCAACCCCUAGCCUGGGAAAUUCCAUAUGCUGUGGGUACAGCCCUAAAAAAGAAGAAUAAAAACCAAACAGAAAACUAAUUUAAAAAGUUAGUAAAGAGUAAAUAGAUAUUUAGCUUUUUUCUUGGAACUCUGCCCUGGGUGGGCAUCGGGAACUCCUGAAUAGGCGUGCUGGUGACACCCAUCCUAUGUGUCUCUGACUCACCAGUGACCAGCAGGAAGCAGAGGCUCAGCCCCUGUCUCCUGCCAAGGGCCCGUGGCCCAGACCUACUCUCUGUAGGAGUGUUGCUGCCAUGUGAAGGCGACAGUCCUCCCACAACGCAUUGCAGAUGCCAGAGUCGGGAAAUGUUUCCAACUGAGAGCAUGGCCCAAAGGGCAGGAAAAUAAUUCAGGGCCUCGUAAUUACAUAACAGAGCCCCUUGAUGUUUUUUGGAGCAAUUUUACCAUGUGGAGCAUUUGAACUGUAACACAUCCUGCAUACCUAUUGUGUGUCUGGGUGUUGGGUAGGAUUCAAACCUUCCUGGGGUAGAUUAGUCCUUACUUGAUGUUUAUGAUUUCAAAGAGGUAUAAAACAUAGAGCUGCUGUAGCAGGCAGUGCUGCAGGGAGGAUGGCAACGCAGGCCCUGGCCAUCUGUUCCCUGCAGGCCCCUAGUGUCACCACUGGCCUGGCUCCUGGCAAGUGUUCAUUAAAUGGUUCUCAGAUGUGUUAAAUGCUCACUUUACAGUUCUUCCACUGCUCCAUGCAAGAAGUGUUAGGCUUCCUUCAGAGCUGGCCACAGCAGCGAGCCAGGGGCAAAUGACACUCCAGCCAGAAAGACCCUAAGGGGCCAUUCAUUUAAUAAGUGGUGGAACCAAACUGAACCAGGAAUUCUCCCCAGAUAGGAUCUCCAGAAUAGCCUUUAAAUAGCUAGGCAGGAGGGCUGACCUCUACCCCAAGGCUCUAACUUCUGUAGUACGGGAAGCCUAGAAAUGGGAAGGUUUCAUUUCUGAAGGAGCAAGUCAGGCAGGCUGCGUGGAAGAGGACCACAUCGCAGUCUAUAACCUCUCUCCCUGACACCUGCACCCUGGGGUCACCAAAGCAGGCUGUUUGCCGCACACAUUCUGAACGUUUCCUCUAGAAGGAACAUGCCCCCCUCCAAUGUUUCCACGCUGCUUCUACUGAACUUUCCUCCCAGAUUUCCUUUUCCCUCCUCGGCCAGCUCCUCCCUCCUUCAGCAACCACCCCAACCUGACUUGGCCGCUGCUCUCAGCAUUCCUUUUCUUUCUGCCCUUCUCUUUGGAUUUCUUUCAUUUUCUCUCCCCGUCCCCGCUGUCUCCAGUCUCCAUCUUUCCAGCUGUUCUCCUCUUUGGUCCUGUCCUCCUACAAAGCCACACCCCUCCGGACAAGUGCCCAAGAGUUUGGUAAUUUUCUCAAAGUCAACAACAACAACAACAACAACAACAACAACAACAACAACAAAAAGUGAGCUCCAGAGGCGCCAGAACAGAAGUUCAGCCCGCGGAGCGAAGAAAGUCCCGCCCGCCGCCGGCUCAGGCCCCACCUGCCAGGAAGCCUGGGUGCCUGGCCGCGGAUCUCACCACCGUCCGCAGGACGCGCGCGGCGGGACCAGUCCCGGUGGCCGCAGGUUCGAACGGACGGGCGGGCUGGGGACGCGCUUGGCUCAUGUCGCGGCCGCGUGUCUGUGCAGCCGACUGCUCCUUCUCCUCCCUCGGCACCCGAUCAGGCGGCCCAGCCCCGCGCAGGCAGGUGCGGGCCGGGAGGGGCCAGAUGGAGCCAGUUCAUGCACGGCAUUUUGGACAGGAUGCUUGGUGUCGCGAACCCAGAGCCAGUUUGCUGAAUUACUGUCCAGGCCCCUUGAGUCUCUGGGAAGGUCUGCAGGUGCCUCCAAGUGCCAGCUCAGGUCGAGUCAGCCCAGGAAGCUGUUUUCAAGGGCUUCUGCCACGGGUGUAAAAGACUCCAGCCCUGCAAAGAUGCUGAAACAGAUACUGUCCAAGAUGUACAUAGACCCUGAUCUGCUGGCAGAGCUCAGCGAAGAACAGAAACAGAUCCUGUUCUUCAAGAUGAGGGAGGAGCAGGUCCGCCGAUGGAAAGAAAGAGAAGAAGCAAUGGAAAAAAAGGAGUCCUUGCCAGUGCAACCCAGGCCAAAGAAAGACAACGGCAAAUCCGUCCAUUGGAAACUGGGAGCUGAUAAGGAGGUCUGGGUGUGGGUGAUGGGCGAGCACCAUCUCGAUAAGCCCUACGAUGUGCUCUGCGAGGAGAUUCUCGCCGAGCGGGCGCGGCUGAAAGCAGAGCAGGAGGCCGCAGAGCUCAGAACAUCUCAGUCCAGAGAAUCUACCGGCAGCUUGAAAACAAAGUCACAGGCCUUUGAUGUGCAAGCACCAGGUGACAAGGAGAGUCGGGUGGGCAAGAAGGCGGCAGAGGAGGGGGGACAGGGGCAAGGCUGUGGGCCAGCUCCAUCCCCCGAAGAGCAGAAAACUCCUUCACCCUCCAGUUCCUCAAGAAAUAUUCAACAAAUGUUGGCAGAUUCCAUCAGUCGGAUGAAGGAAUAUGGAUUUCUCCAGAAGAAAGAGUCCAUGAAGAAAACACAAGAUGAAGAAAUAAAACAAAUAGAUGAAGAGAGAACUAAGCAGAUUUACAAGAACUGGAAGGAAGAUUCGGAGUGGCAGGCCUCUUUGCGAAAAUCCAAAGCAGCUGAUGAGAGGAGGCGCUCCCUGGCCAAACAGGCGAGGGAAGACUACAAGAGGCUGUCUCAAAGAGGGAGAGGCAGCGAGGGGCCGCAGAGCCCCCCAGGAGGCCCCCAGAAACCCAGGAGGCCCCCGCUUCCACCCAAGCCUCAGUUCCUGAGCCCAACCGGACAACCCCACAGACCCCUCAGAAACCAGGGAGUGAUGAGGACGGAGUCCAGCUCUGCCCAGGAGGACAUCGUGCGCUGGUUCCGGGAGGAACAGCUGCCCCUGCGGGCAGGCUACCUGGCGACCUCAGACAGCAUCGCUCCCUGGUUCCACGGAAUUCUCACGCUAAAGAGAGCGAAUGAGCUGCAGCACAUGCCAGCCGGCAGCUUUCUGAUCCGGGUCAGUGAGAGGAUCAAGGGCUACGCCCUGUCCUAUCGGUUGGAGGACGGCUGCAAACACUUCCUCAUCGACGCCUCCACAGACUCGUACAGCUUCCUGGGUGUGGACCAGCUGCAGCAUGCCAGCCUGGCCGACCUGGUGGAGUAUCACAAGGAGGAACCCAUAACUUCCCUGGGGAAGGAACGCCUUCUGUACCCCUGUGGCCAGCAGGAACAGCCGCCAGACUACCUGGAGCUCUUUGAGUGAUAGCCCCCUUGGUGUCACCCUGCCGCCGUGUCACCCUCUGGACAGAUGCCAUGGAAAUGGACACUUGUGUGUGAAGCCAAAUUGCCCUGCAGCAAACUGAUCUGAUCAUCUGAAAGGAUCCUCGAGACGCCCAGAGAUCUUCUCUGCACAAAUUCUGGGCCUUAAUGCCAAGAGGAGCUUACCUCUGGGUCAUAUGCAAUCUAGAAGUAAAGGGAGAAGAACCCCAUUUUAGCAGCUCCUAACGUGACCCCGCAAAGGCACACGGGAAAAAUAGGAACCUUUUUAGGAAUUAAGGUGAACCUCCAAACCAGAACUCCCGUGACCUCAACCCUCCCUCUCUGCCUCAUCUCAGAGGGCCUCAGGGUCCUGUUUAGAUGUAGCUGCAGGUUGGUUUGGGGAGCUGAGCUGACGCCCACCUUGCUUACUGCGCCCGUGGGCUCCAGGGUGUAAAUCACGUAGGAAAACACAAGUUGGGGAUGUUGUGAACUGAAUGAAGAGUUUGAGGAUGUAAGAUGAGAGGCUUAACAUGUACAGAAAUGUUCUGGACGGUCCGCAGGAGCUCAGGGACACUGUCCGAGGUGGUUCCUGGCUCUGGGAGCUGUAUGGGGCUCCCUGAGGGUCUGGCUCCACCCAGACCACGUGGGUGAAGCCACGUAUGCGUGUCAGUUGCUAUGGCAGCAGAUAGACAAAGGCGGAGGAGUGGGCUCUUUAAAGGACACUACUUGCUGUGGGUUGAACUGUGUCCUCAAAAGGGACGUCGAAGUCCUGCCCUGUACUGUGAUUGUGACCUUAUUUGGAGACAGUCUCUUUGCAGAUGUAGCCAAGUCAAGAUGAGGAAGAUCAGAUUAGGAAGGUCCCCAGAGCCAACGACGGGCUUCUCUGUAGGGGGAGAGGGAUCUGGAAGCUGGCACAUGCGCAGAGGGGAGGUGGCCUUGGGACCACAGAGGCAGAGCCCCAGUGACCAGUCACGACUUGCCAGCUGGGGUCCUGGGGGCGGAGGGGAGCAUGACCCUGUGGACACUUCUAGCCUCCAGAACAAUGAGAGAAUAAACUUCUUUUGUCUUAA